GUUACUAUUUGUCCAUUAAUACGUUUAGAUAUCAAACUAUUCAAUGAAUAUUGCCGCCUCCACAAGUUAAGCUCCGUAGAUCGCCAUGAGUUCUUUGAGUUUAUGGAAAAUUUGGCCAACUCUACCUAUAUAAAUUUUCAAAAUAUACCCAACAACCAAUUGGUAGACAUAAUACUAGAUCGUUUAAAUAUUACCCCCGAUAAAUAUAUGCAACUUAUAUAUAAUUUAACCGGAGAUAAAUCUAUUAGAUACAGAAACGAUUUAAAUGACGUAGCUGAUAAAAUACGUAGUACUACAGGAGAUUUUAUUAUAGAAACGAGACAAAUUUUAACCGAAUAUGGUCUUUGUUAUAUGACCAACACGAUGUUAUCGGAAAAGUUUACAUCUUUGUAUUUAAUAUGGGGUGAAUAUCCGGUAAAUGAAAUGAGAGCUCUUAAGUCUACAUUGCAGGUUAAGCAGAGUAGUUAUUUUGACAGUGAUGUUAGUUAUAAUUUUUUGGGUUUCAACAAUAGACCCAUAGAUGGAUUUUUGCAUAGUUCUUAUGAAAUCAUGCAAGUGGAUCAUAAUUUGGGUUAUACUAAUGAAUCCUUGCAGGUGGAUGUGGAUUGUAUAGAAAUUAUUACCGAAGAGGGUUUUGAAAGUGGCGCCAGUGUGGAACAGCGUAAAUGUCGUUUUCAGCAUGAAAGUAAUUUGACUCAUUAUCCGAUAUAUACGAGAAAUCUAUGCCUCCAGGAAUGUCGCUUAAAUUUGGUUUAUAAGACAUGCAAAUGUAUACCACACUUUUAUCCAAAUCGCAUACCUAAACCCAAACCGGUUUGUAAUUAUAAAAUUCUACGUGAAUGUUUUGUCCAAAAUGCACAUUUUUUUAUAAAAUUAUACAAAGUCGAUAGUAAUGGUAACAAACAAAUGGUACCCUGUUAUUGUGCCCAAAAUUGUCAGGAUGCCAUCGUCAAUAAGAGAUCGAAAUUUCAAUUACAAAAACAAAUGCUUUGGUCGGUGGUAAUAGUCUUUUAUUUGCCAUUAUUAAUUUGCCCACUUACCGCCUGAAGCGAUUAAUUAUAUUUUCUUUCACCGAUUUGAUGGUUUCUAUUGGCGGUACAGCUGGUCUCUUUUUGGGCUUCAGUGUCUUGUGCUUGGUGGAAGUUAUUUAUUAUUUUACUUUAAGAUUAUUGUUUUAUUUAAUUAAGUCUUGCUUUAAAAGAAAUAUGUAUUAACA